AGCGGGGGUGCGUUUCGUUUCAAUGUUAACUGGAAGUAACGUUAACGGGGCCGUUUUAAAGAUGCUCACUGGCUACACACGGUUGUAUUAAAGCACGCAAACGAUGCGACGCGUUUUCAUAUUAAAAUACCACGAGCGUGUUGUUUUGGGUUGUUAAUAUGAACGCGCCAUAGUGGUUACCAAUGGAGACCGGAGACGCCUAAUCAGAUUUAGCUAGGUUAGCUACAUUAGCUAGCUAAGUUAGCUACUCUCACACUUUACGCUAAGCUAACGUUAGCUGGAGAGAUUUAAAAAAAUGGCUGCAAAGAAGGGCAAACCAUCCAAAAGUUCACUGAGAGAAGAAGCUUUGCUUGACAGCUUAUUUGAUGAUACAAAACUCCCAGGAAGGGGAAAAGCAACUCGCAGUGGACCUUUAACUCGCACUUCUGCCACUGAUAACAUCUUCAGUAUGCUCUCAGAUGAGGUGAAGAGGGACGGGGACACUGAGGACUCUGAUGUCUCGGCAGCAGACCCCAGUGACAUCCUGAAGAACAUGAAGGACAUGGAUGAUAUGGAUGCUGACCUUUUUGCAUCAAAGAAAAAGCCCAGAUCAGCUCCUGCACAAACGAAGCCAUCUGGUAAUGAAGGGCCAAAGAAAGACUCCUCCACCUUGGAAAGGAAAGUAAAACCAGAGGGAGCAGAUGAACCCACCGCAGCAGGGAGGAAGCCAAACUCUGCCCCCGCGUCUACAGCGCAUAACUACAAGAAGUUCACCUUCUCUGAGAGUGGUGACGAUGAUGAAGGUCUUGGUCAGAAACCUUACACUACAGAUCUGGACGACCCUCUGGCGGAUCUACUUGAUGACUUGCUUCCAGAUGAAACGAAGCCCAAACCUAAACCCAGAGUACAGCCGGCCAAGCCGGAAAAAUCUGCUCCGUCUCCUUUAGCAUCUCCCAUCCUAAAGACUGAAACAUCAGCAAAAAAACAGAGCGGUCUCACAUUUGAUGAGGAUAAGGAUGACCUAAUGGACGCGCUGGGAUUUGACAGCGAUAAAAACAAACCCAAGAAAAAAGAGACUGCGCUUUGGUCCAACACGGAAAGGAGUGAGACCCCUCAGAGACCUCGUACCAAACUCGAUGAGAUUCUGGAGAGUUUGACUUCCCCUCGACUUCUGGAGCGACCUCCGACAGGCGAGAGGAAGGACCCGCCUCCGUCUCAGGAGAAGCAGCAACACGAGAGGACCUCCAGCGGGAGAGAAGAUGACCUCACAUUUGGUUCGUAUCAGCCCACCCUGGGAUCCACGCCUGAGGGGCGCCAGUCCCGCAGACAGUCCGUCAGGUUUUCUACAGAGGACGUCAGUCCCUCGACCCCGGAGAAGAAACCAAAACCUGUCACCCCCACUCGACAAUGCAGCUCGGCCGACUGGCUGGGCCUCAAGACAAACGACGACCGCACCUUCCUGGUGGGGGAUGCUGAAGAGGCCAAAACCUUCACAGAGUCUCCAAAGGCUCCUUCCUCUCCCUCAUUAGAGAGAAGACCCUCCCUGACUGGUAGUCAUGCCACGUCCACGGCAGCCAUAACCGAUAUUAUCCCCAAACAAGCCAAGCCAGAGGUCUCUAAAGGCCGAAGGAGAGAGGAAGAGGAGGAGGAGGAGGAGGAGGAGGAUGACUGGUUAGCAGGAGCGCUGAGCAGGAAGAAGGCUCUGUCAACGUCGACCUCUGAGGCAAAAACAUCCAAGCAGACAGACCCUUCAGGCCUGGGAGAAGAAAUGGAUCUGGAGUCGACUGUUAGUAAACAAGCUCCCAGAGGCCGAGAGGACACUCUUACAUCUGUCAAGGAAACUAGCAGCACUUUUCUCGGACAGCCCAGCCCCACCGCUCACUCCACUCCCGUCAGAGAGAAGACCAAGCGAGAUUGUCCUCCUCUUACUGGUCCUUUGCCGGUCUCUGCUGCUAGCGUUAGCCACACCCAACCCCAGCCACAGCCCCAACUCCACCACCCACCAUCCGAUAGGGGACCCAGGGUGCUAAGAGGGCCCAGUCAGGCUUCGGAUGAAACCCUGCAACAGCCUCUGUUGUGGUCUGUUCAGCAGCCAAACCAAAAUACAUCAACUGCUGUCCAACAACAGGUGGCGCUUUCAGCGGACGGUCUGCAGCAGCUGCUUCUACAGCAGCAGAUGAUGCACUCUCAGUUGCUGGGUCUAGGGAGAGUCGUGGAUCCAGUGGUCCUGCAGAGACUCAAAGAGAGAGAGCAGCACCCUGGAGAUUAUCAAGCGUUACAGGCUCGCGUCAUCGAACUGGAGGGACAGGUGAAGACUCUGCAGCUGGAGCGAGAGCAAAGCCAGAUGUUGCUAGAGAGUGUCCAGCAUCGGCAUAAACAGGACAUGGAACUGAUGGAGAACGCACACAAAGGUCGCGUGAAGCUGCUCGAGGACUCGGCGGCCCAGAGGGAGACGCAGGCACGGAAGGAGUGUGAAGACCUAAUGGAGCGUCUCUCUGCAGUAACGCGAUCAGCAGAGCAGGAACGCUCAGAGCUGCAGGCUCAGUACCAGCGCAAAGUGGCACAGGCCCAGCAAGACAGAGACCGUGAGGUGGAGAGACUCAGAGACCUCCAGAGGAAGUCUAUCUUGGAGAUGAAGAAAGACCACGAGGACCAGGUCAGGAGGCUGAAGAAAUUAAAGGACGAGGAGAUUGAUGCAGUUACAAGCGCAACGUCUCAGACGAGGUCUCUUACGGUGGUGAUUGAGCAGAUGGAGCAGUUCUCCUCUCGGCUCGGGGAUCUUUCUUCUCGGGUGGAGAGCACACAUGAACACACGGCUCACGGCCUGGAGCAAGGAGCACGGCACAGAGACGAGCAGCUUCGAAUGACGCAGGACCGUCUGGCCCAGCAGCAGAAAGCCAUGGUGGAGGAGAGAGCUUACCUCAAGGAAAUCAUUUCCAGGAUGGACACUCAGCUCAAUGAGCAGCAGAGACAGCUUGAGAAGGAGCGCUGGAAGAUGACAGCAGAGCAGGCCAAGGCUGAGUCGACCCAAAGAGGCCUGGAGGGAGAGCGACAUGCCCUCAGUUUGCAGAUCAACAUGGAAAGAGAGGAGCUGGAGAGAGCCAAGAGUGCACUGCUGGAGGAGCAGAAGUCGGUGAUGCAGCAUUGUGCGGAGGAGAGGAGGAAGCUGGCCGCCGACUGGGCCCACUUUCACAGCCUGGAGAAGCAGAGGCAUGAGAGGGCUGAGCGGGAGGUCAGCAGUCUCUUGGAGAAGAGAGAGGGCUCCAUCAUCAGUCUGGCACAGGAACAAGCUGACUUAAAGCUCCUCACUGCAGAGCUGAAACAAAAGGAGAUGGCUGUGGCACAAGAGAGAGAGACUCUGGAACGACUGAGAGAAGAACUGGACAGAGAGAAAGAGAGAAUAAGCAGCACGGCCUUGAGACUCAAGACACGAGCCCACGAGGUGGAGGCCUUUAGCGAGCUCGCUGCAGAGAAGUAUGAGGAGGGAGAACGAGCGCUGCAGGAGGCGAAGCGUGUGGAGGCGGGGCACGAGGCAAGGCUUCGAAAUAUCCACACACAGACGGAGCGGCUGAGGCAGCAAGAACAACGAAUUCUUCAGGAGCGAAUGAGGUUGAGUCAUCUGCAGAAGGACACAGAGAGGCGGAGACAAAACGCUCCAAUCACCUCGUUACCUCAGAUGAUUCCAACCACCAUACCAGAUGCAGGUUCUGUGUUGCCAAAUCCUGAGCUGACAGCGACCCUGAACAUUCCCCCUCCGGCCUCGUUAGCCAGCUCUCAGUCCAUGGCUCUCCAGGCGAGUCUGGCUCUGUGGAGGUACACUGCAGAGAAGGACCGUGAAUAUCUCCAGGAGGAGCAGAUCUUCUUGGAGAAUUUGAAGAAGAAAUCAUACAGAUCAUCUUUUAACACAGAUUGACCAACACGUGCUGGUGUUCGCACUAUUGUUUUGUAUAAUAUGCAAGAAUAGAAUUCACACUUUUUUUUACUUGCAAUGAACUUUAUUUAGAAAUACAUUUGUCAUCGACCAUCCAUCAGGUGAAGCAAACAGAACAUUCAGAAUACUUCAAACGUGCCAUCGGUUUCUGAAUGUGUUGUACACUUUCAAUAAACAUUUUCAUUAAA